AUGUCGGCUGCUGCGAGCAGCUAUGUCAAGAAGGCACCGAAGCAGGUGAAGGCACCAGCAGAGAUGAAUGCGCCUUCCUACGAGGAGCGCAAUCCAUAUCGGCUGAAGAAUAAUAUCCGUGCCUGGCACACGGAUGGCUCUACAAGCUCGGUCCCGGAGCCUUAUGGCACCUACCCUGAGGCCCAACUUCCGCGUGCGCUUCUGGAUGGCUUCAAGCGGGCUGGGUUCCAGGCCCCGACGCCCAUCCAGGCACAGGUAUGGCCCAUCUUAGAUAAUGGCUGGGACGUGAUCGGCAUUGCAAAGACCGGCUCUGGCAAGACCCUUGGCUUCCUGGUGCCGGCUUAUCGGUGGAUGACUGCAAGCUAUGCAGCUGGCAUCCGCACCCUGAUCAUGGCACCCACUCGAGAGCUGGCCACGCAAAUCCAUGAUGAGGCCAGCAAGUUUGCCGGGGCCUCAGGCUGCUCGAGUGCCUGCGUCUACGGCGGCCAGCCGAAGCGUGAGCAGCUGCCGGCCGUGCGGGCUGGUGCCCCAAUCCUGGUGGCCACACCGGGGCGGCUGAACGACUUCUUGGAGUACAAGGACAUUAACCUCUCGGUGGUGGGCUACUUGGUUUUUGACGAGGCCGAUCGGAUGCUGGACAUGGGAUUCGAACCGCAGAUCCGGGAGAUUAUGAAGAAAGUGCCGCGGAAGAGGCAGACUCUAAUGUUCUCCGCGACCUGGCCUGAGGAGGUGCAAAACCUCGCGCAUGACUUCCUGAACUCUCCUAUCCAUGUGCAAGUGGGCAACACCUCAUCCUUGUCUGCAAACGAAGACAUCAGUCAGCAAGUCUGGAUGCUGAACUCCUCAGAUGACAAGGAUCCAGCGCUUGUUGAGGCCCUGCAGCUCUACGGGGGCCCCAGGCAGAGAGUCCUGGUCUUCGUGGCCAUGAAGAAGCAGUGUGAUAUGGUGAUGCGCAUGCUCCGCAAGUACCAGAUCUCGGCAAAUACCAUGCACAGUGACAAGGAUCAGCAGCAGCGCGAGGAGGCGCUUUAUCAGUUCAAGACGGGUGAGACAUCGGUGCUCAUAGCCACGGAUGUGGCAGCACGUGGACUGGACAUUAAAGGUGUGACCCUGGUGAUCAACUACGACUCUGCCAACAGCACCGAAGAUCAUGUUCACAGAAUAGGACGAACCGGACGUGCGGGACAGAAGGGCCACAGCAUCACCUUCCUGACCAAGUCAGGCGAAGAUGCUUGGAAGGCAAUUGGCAUAGCGGAGGUGAUGCAGAAGGCAGGUUGCUCGGUGCCCCCAGACAUGAAGCAGGUCGUAGACCGGAUGCUUUGGAAGCGCCAGCAAUCUCAGCAGAAUGACUCCCGUUGGGACAACUUGCCUAAGGUUUUGAUGGUGGCAGAGAAACCAUCGGUGGCGAAGCUGAUCGCGGAGAUCCUUUCGGGUGGCCGCAUGCGCUUUCGCAAAGGCCAAAGCCGAGCUGUUCAAAUCUAUGAGUUCAACAGCUACUUCCCCCCAGCCCACCAGCAGUGCCGGAUCAUGCAGACCUCCACCAUCGGCCACGUCUUUGGACUGGACUUCAAGGACAACCGCCCAAAGGACGUUGCUGACCUUUUCCAUGACCCUUGCAAGAAAACCAUCGAGGAUGGGACAGCCAAGAAUCGCAUCGUCGAGCAUUUUCAGGAGCUGGCUGCCGAGGCCGACUACCUGGCCUUGUGGUUGGAUUGUGACAAAGAGGGAGAGAACAUCUGCUUCGAGGUUAUCUCGCUGUGUGAGAACAUCCCAAAGGACAACAUUUACAGGGCUCAGUUCUCCGCCCUGACCGAGCCGGAGCUUCGAGGGGCCUACAACAACCUGGGACGACCCGACAAGUUGGCGGCGCAAGCGGUUGAUGCUCGGCAGGAGCUGGACCUGAAGAUCGGCUGUAUCUUCACUCGGCUGAUGACCCGCCAGUACUUGCGCUACGCCAUUGAAAAGUUUCGCCUGAGGGAUCAGACCUGCCUGAGCUACGGACCUUGCCAGACGCCGACGCUUUGGUUUUGUGUAGAGAGGCACAAGGAGAUCCAAGGAUUCCAGAGGCAGGAGUACUACAAGCCAAAAGUCUCCGUGAAUUUGGAUGGCUGGCCUUUGGAGUUCGACUGGCUUGACGGGCAGACCUUUGAUGCAGGCCGCAUCAAGUCCUUGCAGUCCCGGGCGCAAUCAGCAAAGCAAGCAGUCGUCAAAGAGCUCAGGAUAACUCCCAAGACACUGAAGAAGCCGGUUGGUCUCAACACUGUGCAGCUGCUGAAAGCUGCAAGCACAGGUCUUGGAAUGUCUCCGGUUCAGUGCAUGAAGGUAGCUGAGCACCUGUACACUUCCGGUUACAUCUCCUACCCGCGCACUGAGACCACCAGGUACUCCGACACCUUCGACCUGCAUGCUGCCCUGCGAGAGCAAGCAGACCACCCGGCUUGGGGAAAGACGGUGAGCCAUCUACUUCGUCAGGGUGCCAUUCGCAAUCCGAAAACGGGCCGCGAUGUGGGUGACCACCCACCGAUCACACCAAUGAAGGCUGCGCCCAGGGACGAGUUCAGCAAAGGUUCCGAGUGGCGGCUGUACGACUUCAUCACUCGCCACUUCAUCGCUUCAUUGAUGCCGGAUGUGGAGUAUGAAGAGAAGGCUUUCAUCGUCAACCUGGGGGGCGAAGACUUUGCAUACACCUUCCAUGAGAUGCGCGAGAGGGGGUUCCUUUUCGCCAUGCCGUGGAAAAGCAAAGACUUGAAUUUGAACGAGAUCGACUGGGCCAUGCCGCGGCUGGCCCCGGGCUCCCGGCUGACUGUGGAAGAGGUCUGGGUUGAAAGCGACUUUACCAAACCGCCGGAUUAUUUGAAGGAGAGUGAGCUCGUAGCGCUCAUGGACAAGCAUGGCAUUGGAACGGAUGCCAGCAUUCCCCAACACGUGGAGAACAUCUGCAACCGGAAUUACGUGAUGGUUUGCGGUCCGGGCGAAGAUGGGCAGCGUGGUGAACGGAUACCCAAGGGGGGCAAGAAGGGCAAGGGCAAGGGCAAAGGCAAGGACGGCAAAGCGCAGGGUGAGAGGCCGCAGUCGCGACACAUGGUCCCCACCUCCCUGGGUCUGAGCUUCUGCGCUGCUUUCGAGGAGCUCGACGCAGAGCUGUGCCGCCCGCCCAUCCGGGCUUACAUGGAGAAGCAGUGCCUGCAAGUGGCAGAAGGAAUCCUGGACAAGGAAGACGUGGUGAAUGAGAACAUCAAGCUCUUUGUGCAGGACGUGAAGAAGUCCUGCGGCUUUGUGCCACAAGCACAGAGCACCCCCAUGUGGGUGCGCAGCCGGCCAGAGGAUCUCUCAGGUGGCGAGGUGCCGGGCAUGAGCGAUGACCUCCUGGAGCAGGUCCGUGCGCCGGGCGGCUCCCUGGAGGAGAAGCUCGAGGCCGUUAUCGAUGUCUUCCGCACCAGCCAGCGACAUCUUGAGAGCUGUCGCCAAACACUAAGGCAGCAGGCGCUAGAGAGGCGGCAGCAGCAGGGCCUGGAGCGACUGCCACCUGAGGUAGAGGAGGUGAUUGCCGGGGGAACAUAUUUGGACUCCUUCCUGGAGGCCUACGAUGGCCAGAGCUUCCUGCUCCACAGCGAGGAGAUCGUGCCUUGUCACGAGUACCGGCUGGGGCUGGAGGUGAAUUCUGGCGGAGCAUAUUGGAAGGGCAUCGCCAUGCAGGAGGCGGCUGUGCGCCACGAUGUUCAAGCCGUGGCUGCUGCCAGCGGCUUGGAAGGCUCCAUGAACAUCAUUUCGCAGUUCGGAGCCGCCCAGCGUGGCGCGGUCUUUGCCUGGCGUUGGCAGCAUGUCCUCGAUGCUGGCCCUUAUAGCCUGCCGCAGUGGCUCGAAAAGGCCCUGGGUGCUGAAGGCAACGAUCCGCUCCGGAAACUGCAAGCGGAGUUGGAGGCGGUUCGGAGAUGGGAGCAUCAGGUGCAGCAGGAUACCUGCAAGUACAUCAAGGGCGACAAUGAGGUCAAGGACAUAUACAUCCGGGAGGUCUUGAGACUCUGGCCAUCAGAAACAGACCACCAGGGAGUGGAGGUCUGCAAGAAGUGUGCCUGGGUCGAAGGACUGGAUGCCAAUCUCUUCACCUCGCGCAACAUUCUGGUCCAGCGAGUGCCUUACGAUGACAACCACGCCCUCGCGCUACACGCGUGCAUUGCGCGCCGCCAAGUGGACGAAAAGGACAAGGACCAGAGCCCGCCAUAUCGACUUAUCACAACAUGGGUGUGGGUCCAAGUCCAAGAGCUUCAAAUAGACAGGAAGGUGCUCCCGCAUGCAGCGAAAGCUUCAGAAGCUACGGCAGCUCAGCCCAAGACUGUGCAAAACAACAUGGCAAACCCUAAUGAGGCGGUCAGUCAGACCUUAAGUAUCCCCUAUGAGAUACGGCCCAGCACGGCGAAUGCCGCCUUGCAGGCAGUCCCCAAAGGCUACGCAGAACAUGCGUGGCAGGGAGCCACAAGCGCGCCCGGUGGACUCAAGCCAAUGCCUGGUUACAUCUAUCGGCCAAGCACGACGGGCAGCCUGAAAGCAAGUGGCAGCAUCCAGAACCAGGUCCUUUCAGUGCCGAUACCACUUUCCGGAGCUAGGAGUGUCCCCUCAGCCUCGAAGGUCUGGCUCUGUGGUCCAGGUCCCGUCGGUUCCCUUGGUGCUGGCAUCCGCUGA